AUGGGUAUCUGGGACGCUUUUUCGGACAUUGUCGAGGCCGUGACGCCAUGGAGCACCGUCGAGGCUGAGGCGCCGGCCCAGACCGAGGAGUCCAAGGAGGAGACGUCCACCGAGAGCGAGGACAGCAAGGCCACUCCCGAGUCUGCGUCCGACGACGGCGACGAGGCCAAGGAGGAGAGCACCGGUGACGACACGGAGGGCGAAGCUGAAGCCGAGGGCGAGGACGCCGAGGAGGAGGAAGAAGAGGAGGAAGAGGAAGAGGAGGAUGACGAGGAGGAGAUCGUCGACCCCAAGGAGACCAUUGAGGAGGAGUGCAGGAACUCGGCCCAGUGCGCGCCCGCGAAGCACCACUACGACCACUGCGUCGAGCGCGUGCAGCAGCAGGAGAGCGAGGGCGGCGCCCAAGAGGACUGCGUCGAGGAGUGUAUGGUCCCCCAUGUCCGCAUAGUGAAAAAGGGCGGUCUUUGCUAA